GGCGGGGCCGGAGAAUCGCUGCUUUCCAUUGGUUAGGUGCCGUGCCCGUCGCGCAGCGCCGCGCGGCCAUUGGGCGGCGGCGGCGGCCGUCCCGCGGCGGCGGCGGCGCGCGGGGGAAGAUGUCGGGCGGCGACGCGAAGAAGCUGGUGCGCUCCCCCAGCGGGCUGCGCAUGGUGCCCGAGCACCGCGCCGCCCGCAGCCCCUUCGGCCUGGACGAGCCGCCCUGGGUGCCCGACAAGGAGUGCCCAAGAUGUAUGCAGUGUGAUACAAAAUUUGACUUCAUAACUAGAAAGCACCACUGCCGAAGGUGUGGGAAGUGUUUCUGUGACAAGUGCUGCAGUAAGAAAGUGCCUCUGCCUCGCAUGUGCUUCGUGGACCCCGUGCGGCAGUGCGCCGAGUGCGCCCUGGUCUCGCAGAAGGAAACGGAGUUCUACGACAAACAGCUCAAAGUGCUCAUGAAUGGUGCUACAUUCUUUGUAACUCUGGGAACAUCUGAUAAAUCUGAGCUCAUGGUUUGUCGACUUUCCAACAACCAGAGAUACCUGGUUUUGGAUGGAGACAGCCAUUAUGAAAUUGAAAUUGUACAGAUUUCAACUGUUCAGAUACUUACAGAGGGAUUUACUCCUGGAGAAAAAGAUAUUCACACUUACACCAGCCUUCUGGAGAGCCAGCCUGUGACUGAAGGAGGCAACACUCGUGCUGUAGGAAUGAUCCUGCAGUACAAGGUACCGGGGUCGGACGAGGUGAUGCAGAUGAAGUUUACUGCCGGUGAAGACUUCAGCUGUAACAAGAAGCUGUCAGCAGCCUGGCUGGCAGCUAUGCAUAAGGCAACAAAACUGCUCUAUGAGUCUCGGGACCAGUGAGAACUGCAGAUGUGGCCUCCUGAGGGCACACACAGACACCAGCCUUCACAGACAUGCCUCUCACUUUGUGCUGAUUUGACAGCUGGAAAUAUUUGCUGGUUUUGACUCUCUCUCAUUCCAGCGUGGUUCAUUAUGUAAGAACUGGCAAAUGCAAUGUGAGUAUUUUUUUGAACCAUGAGUAUUCACGGUAGUGUGCAAUAUGUAUACAGUUAAUGCUUUAAACAGCCUCACCUUUUAAGACUUUGUAUAUUUUGUUAAGCCUUUACUGGCACUUAAUAUGAAAGUGAACUGCACUACAGCUAAUGUACAGCACAACUUUUAUAGUAACCAUUAUAUAUAUACUGUUUGCUACAGGAAGCAAACAAAUGUGUAUGUCUCUUCUGCAGAGAAUAGCUUUUGGGUAUAGAUCUCAGGUUUUUCCCUCUAUCCAAAUGUUUAAAAUCAAUGUACAAAAAAAAAAAAACAAUCUGCCUUAGAUAUGAUUUUAUAGAAAUCACAUGGGUUUUUUUAAACAUUUAAUUUUAAACAUCUAAAUUUUUCACUGAAUACCACCAAAUUUGACUUGUAUGAACUUGACCGUGAAACUUCACUUCUGUAAUAAGCUUCCAGAAUAAUUUUUAGUUUUGUAUUUUCUUUUUUGGUAACGAGCUUUUGUUAAUCUAACUGUAAUGCUGUCUGAAAUUGUAUACAAUUUAAUGUACAAAUAUGAAUAAAUUAAUUCACUUAUUUAAAAAAA